GCGCAGGUGGUGGAGCUCGGCGGGCGGGACGCUGCUGCGCCGCCGCUGGAGCCGAGCCUGGCGCCCGCAGGGGACGGCAAGGCCUCGGAGCAGGGCGUCAUGCAGCAGGUCGCGAAGGAGAGGUGCCCCUCCGGGCGGCCCCCGAGUACGGCGAGGGCAUGGUCGUCGCCAGCCUGCAGGCCCUGGGCGCUGCGAUGGAGGGUCAGCUGCGGCGGGAGAGACUGGCGCACAGUGCCGCCGUGCAGUCGCUGCGGCGCUACGCGAGCGGCCUCGAGCGCGAGAGCGAGCUUCUGCUGCAGGACUCGGAGGCGCAGAUCCUCGACCUGAAGGCCGAGGCGGAGCGCGAGGGGAAGCUGCGGGCGUCGCGGGAGCAGGAGUACGCCCGGCUGCAGGAGCAGCUGGCGGCGCGUGACGCCCAGGUGGACGAGCUGCUCGCCCAGGAGCGGCGCUUGCGGCGCCUGGCCGAGGAGCGGCAGGCCGCGCCCGACGGCGCCGCCGAGCAGCAGCUGGCCGAGGAGCGCGGGCUGCGUCUGGCGGCCGAGGAGGACAGGGACUGGCUGCGGCGGCAGGUGGGCGCCUUGCAGGACGCCCUGCAGGCGGAGCUGGAGGAGGAGCGCGGGCUUCGGCUGGCGGGGGAGCAGGAGUCAGGCCCUGCUGCGGGAGCAGCUCGCGGCGGCGGAGCGGGACCAUGCCCGCCUGCGAGAGCAGCUCGCGACACCAACGGCGACCGGGGACGACGGAGGCGACGCUAG